ACCUCGAAAAGGGUGGUAAAAGCAGCCGACGGUAUACCGCUUAUGGGUCCAUAAACUAAAAUUUCUUCUGCGAAGAAAACUUAUUUUUUAUAUUAGAAUACAUUGCAUUUUCUACCUCAAAAAGUCUUAAGGAUUUUCCUCCAAGAUUUCUCUCCUUCCUGUUUACAUUUUCUUUCUUGCCGCAGGGGCCUUCUGCACAAGCAGUGUGAGCUAUGACUGAUGGCUGCCCAGCUUCCCUGAGAUGAGACCCAUCACCUAUGCACUUUAGCGCCUGCCAGGACGCCUCGCUGAGCAGCGGCAGCAGCCGAUGACCAGAGCGCCCCGUCCCCGUCCUCGUGCUCGUCCCUGUCCACAGCCUGCGGGAGACACCGUUCCAGCGCCUCACGGGGCACGAGGAUGUUCCAGAGGUUCACCAGCAUCCUGUUCGGAGAUGACGUGGAAGACGGCAGCGGGUGCCCCGCAGACCCUGGCUUCAACGAGAAGGAGGACGAUGACGAGUGGAUCCUGGUUGAUUAUUUAGCGGAUGCUUGCACCAGCCCCUGCACCGAUGGAACGCCGGGGGUGUGCUCUCAGGACGUCCCGCCUCCCGACUGCCCUGUCCGCUACUCCUCCUGCUCCUCCCUAGACUCGGCGGCGGACGACCCUGAGGACGGCGGCUUCCUGCGGCUGGAGGCAUGCUCUCUGGAGGAGAGCUGGUUCAUCACCCCGCCCCCCUGCUUCACCGCCAGCGGCCAGACCCCCGUGCUCCUGGAGACCAGCCCCCUAGAGAACCUGCUGAUCGAGCACCCCAGCAUGUCCGUCUACGCCGUGCACGCCCCCCGCCGCGCCCUGAGGGACAGCACCUGCCGCUCCCUCGAACAGCCCCUCCUCAGGGUGGAAGCUCCACGCAGGCCCAGCCAUCACGGAGGCUGCUACGCGGCCGCCGUCUCGGCCCACAGCGGCUUCCCCGAGCAGGGCAAGCAGGGCCGCCUCGCCCAGCGCGUCCGGGACAGCGCGGAGAAGCAGCACCUGUCCCGCAACGCCCUGCGGCGCCUCAACCUGCUGCGCGACGGCAGCGGCCGGCAGGCCAAGAGCGGCAGCGCGCUGGUGCACCAGCCGGGACAGAGGCAGUUCAACUACUGACGCCGCGCCGGGACUCCGCCUCCCGCACACACCCAAUCACGUCGCUCAGAAUCAAUGCCGUAGGUCACUUUACUCUGCGGCAGGUUCCCUCUGACUUCGAGAGAGUGCCUGUAAGGGGGGGGGAAAAAAGACAUGUUGAAAGGAUGAAAGGAGUGAGGUUUUAUGCUCUGUAUUCUUGAAUGGUCGUGUGCAUUUGGGGAACUCCUCAAACCAAAAUGCUAUGGUACACUUUUAUUCAGUGUUCUUCCCUAUGAGACAGUGUCCAUUGUGGAAGAAGCAGUUUGAUGAAUUCGGUUCAGGGAAAAGAGUGCUCUUAAAACUGGCUAGCUUGUUCAGAAAGAUGAGUGCUUCAUGUCUGCAAACGACAGACGUGGAUUCAGAGCAAGCGAUCGGCCAGAGUGCACCUCUGACAGUCUUACCAAAAGUCUUGGUAUGCUGUCUGCUCUGCCUCCGCAGUAUCUUUGCUGUGCUUCUCUCCUACUGCCCAACAGUCCAUUUUUACAGGUCGUUGAAAAUGUGAGGAGGAAAGGUUUUCCAGAGUCUCUAUCAAUUUAGAGAUGAAAGAAAUCAAAGUAGUGUGCUUGAAACUAUCAGGAAAGCCAUAACCCAUUCCUUUCUUGCUGGGGAAAAUCUGCAGCUGCACCUCUCUAUCUUAGAAAGAACCUGCCCUCAGCUUUGUAAAUCAGUACUUUCACACUAUUUUUUUAAUCUUUGGUAAAAUACUGGGUUAAUUAUCACUA